AUGGGCGCCUACUACGAAAAAAUUCCCCCAUCUCUCCUAGCAUGGAUCCUAACCCAGCACAUGUUCUACGUCGCAACCGCCCCGCUCUCGUCCCAAGGCCACAUCAACGUCUCCCCCAAAGGCGGCCCCUACUUCGGCCUCACCUCCCCUUCCCAGUUCUGGUACCAAGAACUCACGGGCUCCGGCAAUGAAACAAUCUCGCAUCUGCACGAACCCAACAAUGCAAGGAUCUGCAUCAUGUUCAAUGCGUACGAGGGCGCACCGAAGAUCGUGAGGCUGUGGGGAACGGGUCGGGUACUUGAGAACGGGAGUCGCGAAUUCAAGGAGUUCGUGGAGGCGCGAAAUCGCGAAGUCGAGAACAAGGCUGAGCUUGCGAAGCACAAGAUCGACUUAAUUCCCGGCACGAGGAGUAUUAUCGUCGUAGACAUCGACCAAGUUGGAUCGAGCUGUGGGUUUAGUGUGCCGUUCUAUGAUUUCAAGGGAUAUCGGGAUGUGCUGAAUAAUUUCUUUGAGAACAAGGACAAGAAGUUCAAGGAGACGGGCGAUGCGAAGGAGAGUAUGGAUCAGUACUGGGCGUUUAAGAAUGCGUGGUCGAUGGAUGGCUUGCCGGGGAUGAAGCGGGCGACGUGGGCGGCGAAGGAGUAUGAUGUCGCGCCGAUCAAGAAGAUCGUGGGGCCGCUGGGGGAGAAGUUGGCGUAUUCGAAGGGUGCUGUGGGUGAGAGGAGGCAGUUCAGUCUUGAACAGAUGAUUCUGGCGGUGCUUGUAGCUCUGGUGCUGGGUGCCUUCGCGGCGACUCGGGGUGCGGAGGUUGUUGAUCACGUGCAGCAGUUGCUGGCGAAGAAUGGGAACGAGACAGCGGCGAAUGUGCAGGCUUGGAGUCAGAGCUUCUCAAAAUAA